AUGUUUAAAGUUAUGGUAUAUGAAAUUUAAUAUCUUUUGGGAGUACAUUUGAUUAAUAAUUAAAUAAUUGAAUACAAACUUAAUCUCGAAUAACUAUCGAUCCUAAAUGUUGUUGAUUUGAACGAAAAUGAAAUUAUUAGACCAAUAACAUACUAAAUUAAUUAAGACUAUUUUAGUAUAGCAGUUCGACAUGACAUGAAAACCUUCAUUAUAUUAUUCUCAAUUUAAAAAACAUCACUUAAAUUAAUAAAUACUAUUCAAAUUGGAAGAGAUUCAUUUUUUUUCCAUGAAUAGUAUUUGAUUUAUUAUGACAAAGAAGACAUUUUAAUUAUGUUCAACAUGGCAAACUUUGAGAUAUAAAUUGAGAAUGUUCAUUUGUUUAAAAGUCACAAGUAAUCAUUCAAUUUUAAUAUUGUUCCAAUUAAUUCAAAUGAAUCUAGUAUCAGUUUAUAAUUCACAUUAAGACACUACAAUAAAUGUUAUUAAUUGUAAAAAAAAACAAACAAUGCCUCUUUAUAUUAUUCUUUCCAUAACAAAACUAAAAUUUAUCCUACUAAUUAUUUUUAUGGUCCUAUUGACACCCUCAAAUUGCUUGAGAAUGAUAAAUUUUAGAUAGAAGGUCCAUUGGUAGUUUCUAAAGUGUCUCUUGAUGCUGAAGAAGGCAAAAUAUACACAAUGAAUCUCAAUACCAUUUUUAGGCUAUCAAUUUCAGAAUUCUAUACCUAGUAUUUUAAAAUAAUACUUUUUUAUUAUUCAAUAAACUGA